AUGACAAAUGCUGAUAAUCUUCCAAUUGAUAUUAAUUCAAAUAAAUUACAUGACUGGGUAAUUUCUCGCCGUCACUGUGAACGAAAUUGGUUUGAUCAAGCACAAAACAUUAAAAUUAAAUUAACUGAAGUGUUAAAACAACUGCCUGAAAAUGAUAAAAUACAACAAAUUAUUUCUACAAACCCUAUUACAUAUUAUCAAUGUUUAGAGAUAUUUGAAAUUUUAAAGGAAACAGAGAAACAUUCUAAAAAUAUGCUUGGAUAUUACAGUUCACCCAUUUACAAAGCAUUUUCAAGUAUAAUUACGGCAUAUGAAAAUAAAAAUGUAUACUUAGGAGAAACUUCACAGAUUUUACAAAGAUUAGUUCAAUUUGAAUUACCACAUUUGAAAAAAACUAUAACUAAAACAGAAAAUGAUAUUGAAUCAUACCAUAAAAAGUAUACAUCACAUGGAAAACUUGCGCAUGAUAAAAAAAAAUUGUACGAAAAGGAGUUAGAAAAAAUGGGAUUAAAAGGUGAUAAUUUAAAAAAAGAGCUUCUAAUGUUGACAUGUGAAUUACCUGAAUUUUGGACAAAAAUUACAACUGAGAUUUUACAAUUAGAAAAAUUGAUUUCAUAUUUUAAAGAAUUUUGUACCUUUUCUCUUGGAGAGAACCAACACUUUGCAUUACCCCUUAUCAGUUUAAUUUUAGAAAAGGGUAUUGAUGUUACAGUUUAUGAAUGGAAAAAUGGUAAAUCUCCAACAUCAAUUGAAAAACCAGAUUUCAAUAUAAAUGUAGAAGAAGUUGUUGAAGAAAAUGUUGACGAUGAAAUUGAUUUUGGUGAUGACUGUGAAAUAGAUUUUGGAAGUGAUAUUCAAAUAGAAGUUGUUGGUGAUAACGAUGGUAAUAUUGAAGAUGGUGUUGCUCGUGGUGAUGACGCAAUGACUAUUUUAGAAAAUCCUGAAACUAAUCGUUUAAUAUUAGGAGAGCUUAAAGCUUUAUCUUGCUUUUUGAAAUUUCGUAUUUUUGAUGAAAAUAACGAAACUCCAUCUGAUAUGUAUAUUGUUGGAAUUGCUGAUGAUAAAAUAUUGAAGAAACUUUCAUUAAAUGAAUUAACAACAUACAAAGAGAUGGUUGAUAAUUUAAUUCUGAAACUGACAGAUGAACAAAAAAUGUAUUUAUUUAAAAUUAAAUCAUCUCCACAUUUUAUAAAUAUUCUUGUUGAUGAGUUAACUGAGAAAAAAAAUAUGGAAGGAAAAAUGCUUUCUUUACAACGUAAUAUUGAAACUCUCAUUGAAAAAAAUAAAAAUACACUUGAAAGCGUCAAGAAAGAUUAUGAAGAAAAGAAAAAAGUUGUUAAAUAUCUUAAAGAACAUAUUGAGAAAUCUAUAUCUGAAAAUUCAAUUCCAUUGGAGUUGUGUUUUUUUUUUGUUUCCUAUCCCGAUGUCCUGAAUAUACAUAUCUUAAAGAUGAAUCCAGAUGGAAAACCAAAGACACCUGCUCAGUUAAAAAAAGAAGCUGCUAAACGUGAAAAAUUGGCAAAAUUUGAGGAAAAACAAAAAAAAUUAGAGGCUGCUAACAAAGCUGCUGCUGCCAAUGAAAGCAAAAAAAAAGCAAAAGCUACUAAAGAAACUAUUGUUUAUGAAUAUAAUCAUUCAUUGGGAGAAAAAAAAUCAACAACUGUUCCAUUACCUUCAGCUUAUUCACCAAAAUAUGUUGAAACUGCAUGGUAUGAAUGGUGGGAAAAAGAAGGUUUUUUCAAACCUGAGUAUAAUGAAAGACCAGAUCAGGAAACAUUUACAAUUUGUAUUCCACCACCAAACGUUACUGGAAAGUUACAUUUGGGACAUGCUUUAGCUACCUCUGUUGAAGACACUGUAACCCGUUAUCAACGAAUGCUUGGUAAAAAAGUUUUGUUCAAUCCAGGAUGUGAUCAUGCUGGUAUAGCAACACAAGUUGUUGUAGAGAAAAAAUUAAAAAGAGAAAAAGGUCUUUCAAGACAUGAUUUAGGGAGAGAAAAAUUUUUAGAAGAAGUUUGGAAAUGGAAAAAUGAAAAGGGACAUUCAAUUUAUGAACAAUUCAAAAAGUUAGGUACAUCUGUUGAUUGGGACAGAGCAGUUUUUAUGAUGGACCCUAAAGUUCAAAGAGCAGUUACAGAAGCUUUUAUAAGAAUGCAUGAAAAUGGAGUAAUUUAUAGAAGUCAUAGAUUAGUAAAUUGGAGUUGUAGUUUAAGAUCUGCAAUAAGUGAUAUUGAAGUAGAUAAAAUUGAAAUUACUGGAAAAACAUUGAUGUCUAUUCCUGGAUAUGAAAAUAAAAUUGAAUUUGGUGUUCUUGUUUCAUUUGCUUAUAAUAUAAUUGGUUCAGAUGAACAAAUUAUUGUUGCAACAACUCGUAUUGAAACAAUGCUUGGUGAUGUUGCCGUAGCUGUUCAUCCAGAAGAUGAUAGAUAUAAACAUUUAAUUGGAAAAAAAAUUAAACAUCCAUUUGUAGAAAAUCGUGAGAUGACAAUUAUUAGUGAUUCAUUUGUUGAAAGAGGAUUUGGUACUGGAUGUGUAAAAAUAACACCAGCUCAUGAUCCAACUGAUUAUGAAGUAGGAGUUAGACAUAACUUACCAAUGAUCAACAUUUUAACUGAUGAUGGUAAAAUGAAUAAUGAAUGUGGAAUGUUUUCAGGAAUGAAACGAUUUGAUGCAAGAAAAGCUGUUAUGGAAGAAUUAGAAAAAUUAGGACUAUUAAAAGAAGUAGUUGAUAAUACUAUGCUUAUACCAGUUUGUUCUCGUUCUAAAGAUGUUAUUGAACCAAGACUUAAAAGUCAAUGGUUUGUAAAAUGUAGUCAUAUGGCUGAGAAAGCUAUGGCUGCAGUAGAAAAGAAUGAAUUAAAAAUAAUUCCAGAUUUUCACAUUGGUACAUGGAAUAGAUGGCUUGGUGGAAUUAGAGAUUGGUGUAUCAGUAGACAACUUUGGUGGGGUCACAGAAUCCCUGCAUAUUAUGUAACCUUUAAAGAAGGUUCUGGUAUUCAAAAUAGUGAUCCAAGUGAUAACAAUUUUUGGAUUAGUGCAAGAUCAGAAGCUGAAGCUUUAGAAAAAGCAUCAAAAAAAUUCAAUGUUUCAAUAGAUAAAAUUAAUGUUGAAUGGGAUGAGGAUGUUUUAGAUACUUGGUUUUCAUCUGGAAUGUGGCCAUUUUCUGUAAUGGGUUGGCCUGAGAAUACAACAGAUAUGAAAAAAUAUUUUCCCGGUGCAUUACUUGAAACUGGUCAUGAUAUUUUAUUUUUCUGGGUUGCUCGUAUGGUUUUCCUUAGUCAAGAGUUAACAGGACAAUUACCAUUUAAAGAAGUUUAUCUUCAUGCUAUGGUUCGUGAUGCUCAUGGUAGAAAAAUGUCAAAAAGUUUAGGAAACAUUAUUGAUCCAAUACAUGUAAUAAGUGGAAUAUCUCUUGAUGAUUUAAAUGCUGAACUAGAAACUGGUAAUCUUGAUCCAAAAGAAUUAUCUAUUGCUAGAGAAGGACAACGUCGUGAUUAUCCACAAGGAAUUCCUGAAUGUGGUACAGAUGCAUUACGUUUUGCUUUAAUGGCAUAUACAAGUCAAGGUAGAGAUAUUAAUUUAGAUGUACUAAGAGUACAAGGUUACCGUUUCUUCUGUAACAAAAUUUGGCAAGCUGUUAAAUUUGUCUUAAUGAAAUUUGAAGAUGGAUUCAAACCAAAAGAUUUAUGUGAUUUAGCUCCAGGAAAUUGUAAUGUAAACAAAUGGAUUUUAUCAAGAUUGUCAAAAUCUGUAGAAGAAGUUAAUACUAAUUUUGCAAAUUAUAGUUUCCAAGCUGUUACAACAUCUAUUUACAAUUUCUGGCUUUAUGAUUUCUGUGAUAUAUAUCUAGAGGCUAUAAAACCAAUCAUGAUGAGUGAUGAUGAAGAAGCAAAAGCAACAAUUAAAAAUAUUCUUUUCUGGUGUGUUAAUACUGGUUUGAAAUUAUCAGCUCCAUUUAUGCCAUUUAUAACUGAAGAAUUAUGGCAGAGAUUACCUAGAGUAGAAAGUGAGAAAUCACCGUCAAUACAUGUUAGUAAAUUUCCAGAUAUGGUAGAAUAUAAAUUUAAAGAUAAUGAAUCAGAAGAUAUUAUCAAUUUUGCUAUGGAUAUUAUUAAAAAAGUUCGAUCAACUCGUUCUGAUAUAGUUAUGCCUCCAAAACACAAAAUUGAUUUAUACAUUCAAUGUUCUUCAACAAGUUGCUUAAACAAUUUAAAUUCAGUUAAUUUACUUAUUAAAACAUUGUCAUCAGCUACCGAAACUUUUAUUUUUGAUGACAAAAACAAGACUAAAGUUCCAGAAGGUUGUUUGAAUGUUGAAAAUUGUGAAAAUGUUAUUGUAGCAUUUGACUUAAAAGGUUUUGAACCAAAAAACAUUAAAAAUAGCAAUUAA